AUGAUAACUUUAAUCGAAAGCCUACUCUUCAUAAGUCUAUAGCAAGCAUGUUUUUGCUUUAGAUCAUUUUAAAGUUAGUUUAACAAAGAAAUUUUUCAAAAAAAUUGUCCUACUUCCCAUCAAUAUUGGCCCGAUAUUCAUCCGCAUAUGUGCUCAGGUAAUAAAUACUUUUAUUUAGGUGUUCCAAGAGAAUGUAUUGGUACGAUUGAACUUAGAUAAGUUAUCGUUGGCGAUAGUGAAAUUUUAUGCCACCCAUAAGUAUAAGGCUAUAUUCUAUAUGGGAAUACUGAUACUCAUUUACUUUUAGGAUGGUGGCCAUUUAUUAUGAUAUAUUCAUAUGACUAAAAUGGAAAUCUAAUCUUUACAACUGAAGCCAUAUCCUCAUUAAAUAGCCAUGGUUGUUUAAUUGGAUAAAAAUUUUCUGGCAUUUAUAAAUGUUUAUAUUGUGGUGGAUAAAAUUAUGGAGAAAAUUGCGCUACUUCUCCAUUACCCUUAGGUUAAAUUUUACAUUUAUUCUAAAGAAUGUGGACAGUAUUGUAAAACUUGUGAUACAACAAAAUAAAAGUGUGCUACUUGCAAAGAUGGCCAAUCCCCUUUAGACGAUACUGACUUUAAAUGUACAUUAAGUAAAUACAAUUAUAUUUGAAGAAUGUUAAACAAAUCAUAAAACUUGUUAAUAGAUUGAAUCUGUAUAUUCAUUCACUGAAUGUAAUGAUGGUUUUGAAUUAUUAAAUGGAUAUUGUUCGGGUAAAAUAAAAUAAUUAAAAUUUAGAAUGUCCAAGUAAUUGCAAAGCAUGUUUUUAGGGAAUCUGUACAUCUUGUAUGUGGCCUUUUUCUUUAAAAAAUUCUUUAUGCUUUGAAGAUAGGAAUUGUAUGAAUUACAAUUAUAUUUAUGAUUCUGAAGGAAUUCCCAUCGAUACUGAUUGUCAAUAAUGUGAUGUUGGAUAUUUUAAAAAAGGAACUAGAUGCUCUUGUAAUUAGUUAUUUUUUAUUUUAGCUUGUUAAGAGGAACCAGGAUUAGAAAAAUGUUUUAUUUGUCAUAAUGCAAAUGAGUGUAAAAGUUGUUUUGCAACUCAUUAUUUAACUGCUGACAAAAAGUGCGCUCUUUAUACAAGUGGAUGCAAUCUUCCAUGUUAAACAUGUUUAGUGACAGAUCCAAAUUAUUGUACAACCUGCUAUUAUAAAGACAGACUAACAGCUAGAAUAAUUCCAGGGAAAUGUGUUUGUGAUUAAAUUGCGGGAUAUGUUGAAUUAAAUGGAGAAUGUUUAUUAUGUUAAAGUGGAGAUUGUGAAACAUGCACUUCAAAAUUUGGAGAAUGUUAAUCAUGCAAUCCUUUAAGGAAUAGAAGUCUUGUCGAUUUUGCUUGUCCAUGCCUCUAAGGAUAUUUUGAUACUGGGUUAGAGGAUAAAAUUUGUUAAAGUAUAAAGGGCAAUCAUAAUUAGAAUGUUAUGCUUCAUGUUAUAACUGUUCAGGACCAUUUGAUAAUGAUUGUACAAAUUGUGGAGAUCCUAAUGUUUAUUAUAAAUAAUUAGUAAAUGGAAAAUGUAUUUGUAUUAUUAGAACAAUAUCAUUUGUAUAAUAGGAUGGACAAAUAAUAUGUUAACGUAGAAAAUGUAUUUUAUAUUUAGCAUGUCAUCAAAGAUGUGAAAAAUGCUAUUAACCAUUAGAUUAAACAUCAAAUUAAUAUUGUACAAUGUGUAUAGCAGGAUAAAAUAGAAUUGUAUCUGAUGAUUUAAAAUGUAUUUGUAGAAAUGGAUAUGGAGAAGAUGGAAUUGUAGAUAUUUGUUUUAGUAAUUGAUUAUUUUAAAUUAUGUAGAAUGUCAUUACACAUGUAGCAGUUGUAAUGGACCAUUAUCAAUCAAUUGUGUCACAUGUUCAAAUGAAUCAAAUAGACAUUUAACUUUAAAUAAUGAAUGUCAAUGUAAUUAGACUUAUUAUGAUACUGGAAGAAAUGAUAUUGUUUGUUAUUGUAACUAUAUACAUUCAUUUUAGUGGGUUGUCAUCACUCUUGUUUAGAUUGUAAUAAUAAUGGAGAAGAUUAAUGCAUAAGUUGUCCAUCUACUAGAUAACCUGAUAGAAUUGGAUUAACAUUUAAGUGUUAAUGCAUAGAUCCACAUUACUAUAGUGAUCAAUUUUAAUUAGAAUGUUUAGAAUGUCAUUUUACUUGUAAAACAUGUAAUGGAAUUAAUGAAACCAAUUGUUUAACUUGUGAUUUAAACUAUAGGUAAUUAAUAAUUUCUAAGUGUGAAUGUCCUUAUGGUUAUUAUGAUGUUGGCUAAUUAUAAUGUUAAUGUAAAAUAAUAUAAUAUUUCAAGAAUGCCAUUAUACCUGCAUGACAUGUUUUGGAACUGAAAUUGAUAAUUGCAUUACUUGUUAAACUGAAAGCAACAGGAUAGUCAAAGCUAAUAAAUGUGUUUGUAAGGAUGGACAUUUACAAAAAUAAGUAGGAGAUCUAAUAUGUUACAGUAUUUAUAAACUUAUAAUUUUAGAGUGUUCAUAUCGAUGUGAAUCAUGUAGUGGAACAAUUGAUCAUUGUGACAAAUGCCCAGAUUUAUCCUUUAGAGAACUUGGAAUAGACUAUUCCUGUUCUUGUCCUCUUAAAUCAUAUGACGAACCAGGAUAUCCAAUUUGCACAUGUACAACUUAAAAUUUUCUUUUAGUAUGUCAUUAUACUUGCCUAACAUGCAUAGGAAAUUAACCAAACUAAUGUAUUUCCUGCAAUACAUUAUCAAGAAGAUAACUGAAUGAUUAAAGUGAAUGCCAGUGUAAAACUAAAUAUUUUGAUAAUGGUUAAUCAGAAUGUUAAGGUAAAAUUGAAAAAUUUUAUUUAUUAGCUUGCAGUACUAUAUGUUUAGAUUGUAAUUAUUCUUCUGAUAAUUGUACAUCUUGUUAACCAGAAAAAUAUUUAUAUGGAAACACAUGUCUAUGUAAAACUAAACUUUAAGGUUCUUUUGUUUCUACAUUUUCGCUUUUAAAUAAACUUCAAUGUCUAGGUAUUAAUAUAAUUGAAUAAAGUUUGUCAUUAUUCUUGCUUAACAUGUUCAGGUCCGUCAUCUUCAGAAUGUAAUUCUUGUUGGGAUUAGGAAAAUAGAAUUUAAUUAGGAACAUCUUGUAUUUGUAAAAUUAAUUAUUUUGAUAUUGGAAAACCCAAAUGCUCUUGUAUAAUAUAUUUUUAAUCUUAGAGUGCAAUUAUCGAUGUGAAAAUUGUGCAGUAUUGAAUAAUCUAUGUUUAACUUGCCCUCCUUUAAGUUUUAGAGAAUUAAUUAAUUCACAAUGUUUAUGUUUAUAAGGAUAUUAUGAUGAUGGAAUUAAUCCGAUUUGUUAGAGUAAUCAAUAUAAUAUUAUGUUUUAGAAUGUCAUUAUUCAUGCCAAACUUGCUCUUAAAUAGCAACAAAAUGUAUCACAUGUUCAACAAUUUAAAAAAGAAUAUUCAACAGUAUUUUUAAUUCUUGUAUUUGUAAUGAUAAUUAUUAUGAUGCUGGAGUAGAUAUAUGUUAAAAAUGCCAUUAUUCUUGUUUUAAUUGUAUUGGUUAAGAAUCUAAUUUAUGUAAGACAUGCAUUAAUUAAAAUACAUCUUUCAGAGUUUACAAUAAUGGAAUUUGUUAAUGUCUUUCUGGUUAUUAUGAUGAUGGAGAAUCAGCUAAUUGUUAGUAAUGUCAAAUUUAAUGUUAAACUUGUUUGAACUAAUCAUAUUUUUGUACUUCUUGUGGAGAUACACGACACUUGAAUGGAAAUAAAUGUGAUUGUGAUUAACAUUAUUUUGAAACUGGAUAGCAAAGGUGUGGUGAAUGUGAUAAAAAUUGUUUAAAUUGCAAAUUAAAUCCAUCUAAUUGUAUUGAGUGUUAAAUAACAUAAUUGAGAAUUUUAGAUAACUUAACUCAUAAAUGUAUAUGUUAAGCUGGAACAACUGAAAUUAAUGGAAUUUGUUAAGAAUGUCACAUUUCUUGUUUAACAUGCAUAAAUUCAAUAACAAAUUGUUCAUCUUGUGGAUUAAUGAAAUCAUUAUUAAACAAUUAAUGUUUAUGUGUACAAGGAACUUAUGAAAUAGAAAUUAGUAAGGAAUGUAAAUUCUGCAAUAAGACAUGUUAAACUUGUAUAAAUACAGAUAGUUAUUGUUUAACUUGUUCAGCAGAAGAUUUUAGAAUCUUUAAAUCUGGAAAUUAAUGUGUUUGUUAGGAUGGAUAUUUUGAAGAUUCUUUUCAGAAAUGUAUAUAAUGUGAUUUAUCUUGUCUUACUUGUUAAAUUAAUUCUAAAUUUUGUUUGUCAUGUAAUUCAAGUUUAAGUUUACAAUUAAGUGAUUAAAAUAAAUGCAUUUGCAUGUCUGGACAUUAUUUAAAUAUUUUAACUAAAUAAUGUGAAAGUAAUUAAAUUGAUUUAUUAAAUGAAAUAUAGAUUGCAAUAUAACAUGUAAAGAAUGUGAAAGUACAUUGUAAUGUAUAGAAUGCGAACCUUUGACUAGAUAUUUUGAAUUGGAUAAUUUUAAAUGUCCAUGCAAAGAUGGAUUUUACGAAAUAAAUGAAAAAUUAUGUUAAUGUAAUAAUUUAUUAAUGUUUAUAGAAUGUGAUUUAACAUGUAAAACAUGUUUAAAUUCAUCAGCAUUUUGUUAAACAUGUGAAUCCACAUAUUUUAGAUAAUUAAAUAAUUCUAAUAAAUGUAAAUGUUAAGAUGGUUACUAUGAUGUUGGUAUUGAAAUGUGUUAGAAAUGCAAUAAUUUAUGCAAAACUUGUUAGUUAACUUCAAUUUAAUGUUUUUCUUGUUAUGAAACUGAAUAAAUUAGAAUAUUGAAUGGAAAUUAAUGUAUUUGUAAACCUGGUUAUUUUGAUAAUGGAUAAUUAAUAUGUGAAUGUAAUAUUGAAUUACAUUUUUAGAAUGCUCAAAAUCAUGUUUAACUUGUCAAGGAAAGAAAGAUUAUUGUACAAGUUGCGAUAUUAAUUAAAAUAGAAUUGAUCAAUCUAUAAUUCAUAAAUGUCCAUGUUUAUCUAAUUUCUUUGAAGAUUAGGAUGAAAUAUGUCAAAGUAUUUAUAUAUCAAAAUAUUUAAAACUUUAGAAUGUCAUAUUAAAUGUUCUGGAUGUAUUAAAUAAAGAGAUUUAUGUAUAAGUUGCAAGAUUUCUAAUAAUUCUUAUCGAUAAACAAUAACUUAAAAUUGUAAUUGUAAGGAUGGAUAUUUUGAUGAUGAAGUAUAAUUUUAAUGUUAAAAAUGUAAUUAUCAAUGUAAAACUUGCGAAUAAACAUCAUCAAAUUGUUUAUCAUGUUUUAAUAAUUUGAGAGAAGGAGCACCGAAUUGCAAAUGCAAAACUGGAUAUUUUGAGAAUGAAUAAUAAACUUGUGAAUGUAAAUUAUUCUAGUUUAUUUUUAGUAUGUGAUAAUUAAUGUAGUACUUGUGAAAAUGAAUCAUCAGAUUGUACAAGUUGUAAAGGAAAUAGAAUAAAUAAAAAAUGUGAUUGUUAAGAUGGAUAUUUUGAAGGUGGAUUACCAGAAUGUGUUUGUAUUAUAAUUUAUAAAUAAACUUUAGAAUGUGAUUUUAAAUGUUUAACAUGUUAAAAUAAUCAAUCAGAUUGUAUUAUUUGUAAAGGAGAUCGUAUUAAUAAUCCAAUUUGUUAAUGUUAAGAAGGGUUUUAUGAUGAUUUUGAAAGUAUUAAUUGUUAAAUGUGUGAAAUGAAUUGUAAAAGUUGUAACAUUGAAGGAUGUUUAACAUGUAAUGGAAAUAGAAUAAUAUCUGAUGAAAAAACAUGUGAAUGUCCUUAGAAUUCAAUUAGUCAUUCACAUACUCCUUGGUGUUCAAGUAUUUUAUUCUAUCAUUCAUAUUUUUAGAUUGUGAAGUUGCUGUUUUAAAUAUUAAAUUAUCUGAUGAUUUAUUAUAAAUCAUUAUUUCAUUUGAUCUUUCUUUAAAUCCUAAUUAUUUUUAAACUUAAUAUUUUUAAACCAAUAUUUGCUCUAAAAUUUUGAAUAAUCAAACAAUUUAAUUAUUAGGAAAUAAUCCUGAUUGUCUAUUAAAUUAAGAAGAUCAUAAAUAAUUAAUUAUUUAAUUAGGUUCUGGUGCUAAAAUUAUCCCUGGAGAUUUUAUUAUUUUUUAAAAUAAUUCAUUUGGACAUAAAGAAUGCUCAAGCAGAAUAAAUCAAUUUAUAUUUAAUAUUAUCAGUUUUCCUUAGAAUUAAUUGUCACCAAUUAUUGAAUUUGAUAUACCUUAAUACUUAAUUAAUCCUUGUGAUGAUAACAUAAUUUUAAUAAAAUCUACUAUAAAUGAUGGAAUUAGAAGUUUAAUAAGCAUACGGUGGACAUAUUUAGUAGAAGGGGAAAAUGGGAAUGGUAAUCUUAAUGAAUUUGUUUAAUACCAAACAAAUCUCUAACAAAUUAAUUUGAUGAUUCCUAGUUCAACUCUUCCAAAAUAAUCAAAAAUAAUAUUCUUUGUUGAAUUUUCUAAUUUUGUGAAUUUAAAAGGAACACAACAAAUAUAAUUGUAAACUCAUUCUGGAUAAUUCCCAUCUGUGCUUUCUCUAUUCAAGAAAAACUAUUAUACAUUAGAACUAAUAGAUUUAUUAUUUAAAAUAUAGAAAAAAGAUUGUUUUGGUUCAAUUUAAAAUGACUAUUCGUAAUACUUCGUUUAAUUAAUUGAAAUUUAAAAAAAUGAUUCAAAUUCUAGAUCAUCAAGAGUUAACCUUUCUUAAAUAACUAGUAAAAAUCAUUUUAAUAUGACGAUCUAAAGAUAUGCAUUAACACCUAGAACUGCAUAUACAUUUUAAAUGAGUAUUUAAGAACCUUCAACAAAUUUUUCAGCUUCUCAAAAUUUUACGAUUGAAAUAAGCCAAAUGGGUAUAUUAUGUUAGAUUAACGGCACAAAUAUGAUUCAUAACUAUAGAAAUGACUUAAUUAUAAUUAUUUAUUGUAUGGAUCUUGAUACUUAAUAUCAAUGGAAUUAAGAUCCAGAGAUCAAAAUUGAAGUUAGUUGUAUUGAUCUUACAAUGAAUAAAGUUUGCGAAGACAUGAAUUCAAAGAUAAUUUCAGUUAAUAAAACUGAAACAAUUUAAAUCGUGUAAAGGUUUUCUAUUAGACCUUAUAGUAUUUAAGCUUGGAUAGUUACAGCUUAUAAAGAAUAAUCAAAAUAUUCAUUUUAAUAAAAAAUUGUUUUUUUAGAUGAUGAUUUUAAGAAACUUGAUAUUUAGUGCAACUAGGGAUAUCAAAUGAGACCAAUAAAUAAUUAUGAAACAUUAGAGUUUGAUUUUAAUAUUCCUUUUGAAGAGAAAUAUUACCUGUUAUAAUAUCAAAUAGUUCUAAUAUAUGAUUUUGAAAUAAUUUAAGUACUAGAACCUUCAAUAGAUUUGUAUCAUUUUAGAUUAUACGAUUAUUAUAAAUAGUUUAGCAAAGGAAACUAAUUUAAUUUAAGAUUUUUAGCACAAUUUACAAAAGAUAUUAUCCCUAGUCAAUAUGAAUUAAAAUUAACUUUAAAUUAACCUCCUAAUUGCCAUAUAUAUUAAGGAUCAUAAAAUUUUUAAGCCUUAAAAUCAUAGAAAAUAGUAGCAAAUUGUGAUUUCUAAGAUGAUUCACCCUUUAACUAUUAAUUAAGAUUUUUUUUAUCUAAUUAAGAUUAUAAGGAUUUUUAAAAUUAAUUAUCCGAUUACUCUUUGAUUAUAGAGAGUUUUUAAAGAUCCAAUUCUUUUGAAUUGUUUUUGCCUUAUAGUGAAAUAGUUACUAUUAUAUAAGUUAUGGAUUCAAGAGGAUCUAUAACAAAUCUAGAAUAGCAUUUAAAAGUAGCGGAAUAAAAAUUUAAUUGCUCUGAUUUCAGAUUAAGAAAUUUUAAUUAUAAACAAUAAAUUAUAUUGUUAUUAGAAAUAUUGCUCAAUCAUUAUAAUCAUUCAGAUUGUGUUCGAAUAUCUGAAUAAUUAAUUGAAAAUAUAAAAAAUUAUUUUAAUUCAGAGGAUUUAAAUGACUAAUUAUUGGCUCUGUAAACUAUAAAACUUUACAAACGUUUAUAUAAUAAUUUCAACAGUCAAAACUUCUCUCAAAGAUUAUAAACUGAAAUCCUAUCAGAAAGUUGUUAUGAGAAUAAGACAAAAUAAAUUAUGAUUAAUGAGAAUAAAAUAUUUACGUAUUCACCUAAAGAUAUUCAUACUUUUGUUCAAGAGACUAUAAAAUUAAACAAUUUCACAAGUAAAAUAAUAAUAAACAAAAAAAAUUUAGAUAAUUAAUUUAAAAAGACAGAUAUCUUUAUUGAUGAAUAGCAGUUUCAAUUGAAAUAAUCAAUUACAAACUCAUUAGCUGCUCUAAUUUUAUUAGUAGAUGAUUUAUUUUACAAAAUAUAAUAGACAUAUCUUGAAUCUAAUGAAGAUAAAAUUUUAGUCUUUAAAUUAUCUGAAGAAUUAAUUUAUUUUAUUGAUAAUAUAAUCAUAUAUCUAAAUGAUUUAGUGCCAAUCAAUGGUAAAACAUUUACAUUAAAAGGCUAGAUUUUGAAACUUUAAUUAGCUAAAAUAACAAAAAAUGUCUUUAAUCAAUAAGAAAAUAUUGAAAAAGAUGUUAUAGAUGGCUUAAUUGCAUAUAUUUAAAAGGAAUAAUUAGAUUUAAAUUUUAACUAUUUACAUACCUCUGAAAAUUAUUUAUCAGAAAUAAAAAAAUUUUUAAAUCUAUCUUAUUUGUAAAUUGAGAAAAACUUUUAUAUAAAAACAAAAUUGUAGAACUAUCUUUAUAAAAAUUAUACUGUGCCAUUGUAAAAUAUAAAAAAGGAUUAUUUUAUAGAUAUUGCAUAGUACAGUUUUUGUAUAAAUUAAUUUGAAUCUGCUUUUAGCUUUUAAUGUAUUUAGGAGAGUAUAAAUGGAUUAUUUUAUAAAUGUAAUUUAUUAAUAAAUGAAACAAACAUAUAAUCGGUCAUAGUAUCUUGUUCAUGUUCUCAAUUAGGAGUUAUAUUUUUAGUUAAAUACUAAAAUUAAUCUGAAAAUUAAUAAUAAAUUAUUUAGAUUUCAGAAAUUAUUGAAAAGAAUGAUGACAAUUGCCAAAUAAUUAUUUAACCCUUUGUUCUAUUUCAUGGAAUAUACUUAGUGUUUUCGCUUUUUAUAUAUUUGGAAUUACUUGGACUUGAGAAAAAAUUAGCAACUGUACCUAAUAUUAUGGCCGAAUCGCCAUCUUUUAGUGUUACUGAUCUAAUAACAUAGCAUAAUAAAAAACUUAAAUAUUAUCCAAAUAAUUUUAAAGUUUUACAAAUUUCAAUAAAAGUAAUUAUAAAUUCUAUUUAGUUUAUUCAUGAGAUAAUUUGUAUAUUUACAUGUGAAGAAUAAAUUAUUAGAAAAAGCUACAGAUUUUUAAAAUCUUCAAUUUUUCUGAGUAUUUUAAUUCCAUUAUCAUUUUUUGAAUAUUCAUUUAUGGGUAAAGUAACUUUAAUUACUAUUUUGAUUUUAAACUACUUUAUAUUACUUUUGGAAAGAAUGAUUUUUAAAAUAUGUGAAGCACUUUAUAGAUUUUAAGGAAUUUUGAAAAUUACAAUAUUAGCUUUUUAUUUCCUAAUCCAUCUUUUCUCAUAUCUUUUUUUUAUUUAAUAAACAAAGAAGUAAAUAUAUUAAUAAUUUUAGAAAUGGAUGCUAUCAAGAUUUAGACUCGAAGAUGUUAAUCAUAAUAGGGAGCACUGUCUUUUUAUGUUAUGUUAUUUUUGACCCAAUAAUCAUUUAUCUGAGAAUUGUUCUAUACAAAUAUGUUACUUAAAGAAUUAGAGCUGAAAAUUUUGAUGCAAUAAACUAACUUAUUUUCUUUUUUGUUUAACACUACAAAUUGGAAUAAAUUUUUCAAGAAUUCAUUAUUUUAUGA